AUCGAUUGGUUGAUCAGUGUCGCGCGUGUAGCCGUAACGUUCGGUUCCGGUAACGUCAAUGCGGCAGAGAGAGUCUGCAUGCGAGGUGGAGAACCAGAGCGCGAUAGACUGUGCGAGUCAUAGGUGGACGUGAGCGGGUGUAAAGAGAGGCGGUUCUUCGUAUCGUACGACGGGAAUUCCCGCGAACUCGGAGGCGGCGAUCAGCGGAAAUCCCGAGGUGCCCGCCGGCUUCCGCUCGGCUCGUGUCGCCGCAAAACACGCUGCCAUGUAGCGGCCGGGUUGUGUAUGUAUAAAUGAAGCGGCGUAUACCGCGCUCGCGUGCCGUGGGGAGGAGGGUAUCGUCGGGGGCGAUGGGAAUGGCGCGCAAAUGCUGCGUGCGUAGCUGCGAGGCGGACGUGCGGGAGGCGCGCGCCAAAGGACUGCCGCUGCACAAGUUUCCCAAGGACGUCGCGCUUAGGGACAGGUGGUUGACCAGCGGCGGAUUCGACGAGAGUUUCAAGCCGACGCCGGGCCAGGUCGUCUGCCAUAGGCAUUUCAAACGCGCCGACUACGACCACGCCGCGCGGGGCGGUCACAAGUUCCUGCUCAAGAGGGGCAGCGUGCCCUCGGUCUUCGAGGACUAUGACAAUCAUCCCGACCCAGUGAUUAUGUCAGUGAAAUCUUCUACAUCUUAUGCACAAGAAGAUUUGGAUCUGAUUAAUUCAGAAAUAUUAAAUUUGGAACAUUCUGCCUCGCCAUUAUUGUCAGAAGCAAGGACCCCUAAAUAUGAUAGUUGUGGUGAAACGUGUUACUCCAGACCUGAAUCGUCCGCGGACUCUUUAAAUCUCCCUGAUAAUUCGGAAGUGGAUAAUGAAUGCAAAAUGACAAGUUUGAAGGAAGAAAUUGUGACACCAGUGAAAGACAAGUUGAUUGAAAAUUCGGAUAGUAAAGUAAAUACAGUAGCGAUGCAGCUUGGUAUCGUUGAGCCAGGAGUAACAAUGAAGGCUGAUGCUAAAGAUCUAAUAAUAAAGGAAGAAUUAAAAAACAUUAAAUUAUGUAGUGACAAGGAGUUUGACAAAUCAGAAGAAUUAAAACCAAAGUUAAACCGCGAUGGCACAAAGUUUUAUCCUGGUGCUAAAUUGGAAGCAAAAGACUUUAAUGAAAAGUGGUAUUCUGCAAAAGUGGUAGAAACAGAUUGGGACGAAAGAGAAGUUUUAAUACAUUUUGACAAAUGGAGUUCGAGAUUUGAUGAAUGGAUACCGAUGGAUAGCUCUAGACUUCGUGUAUUGCAAACCCCACCACAUGAACAAACUUGGAUCCUGCCAUCUCCGGAGGCAAAGCGAGAGUUUUCAGUGGGCGAAAGGGUACUAGCUACGUGGGCGGACGGUAGAAAAUAUCCGGCCAAAGUGAAUGCAGUCUUGACGAACGACAGGUAUGAUGUAUUGUUUGAUGAUGGAUAUGCGAAAGUCGUCAAGUCGUCGAAAAUGACCAAGAUCGCCGAAACUCCGACCAAGCAGUUGAGUGAAUUGGAAGGAUAUAUAGGCAGCAAACAGGAAAGAAGGGAUAAAAAACGGAAACAUACAGUUAUGGAGUUGUUUAACACUCACUCGAGAAAACACAAAAAUGAUGCUGACAAAGCAGUAAAACGAGAGGAGACUGUUGUCAAGGAAAGUGUGGAAAGUUCUGUAGAAAAUAAGGUCGAAUUAGAUGGUACCUUAUUUGGUGCCUGUUACGACCCAGGUACAGAUUUAUUAAGAGGCUUUGAAAGUACUCCCUCAAAAAUUAAAUCGUAUUCGAAGAAAAGUAAGAAGGAAUUGCCUAAAAAUGACACGGAUCACGAAGAAGAGGUUGGUCCUGAAUGGAUUGAUGGAGAGCCGCAAGGAACAGAAUCUUAUAUUGUAGAUGGCAAUGAUGGACCACGUCGCACUAUAAUAGUGCCAGAUAGAAGAUUACCUCCUGGUUGGGAAAAACAUUUUACACAGAGAAGAAGUGGCACAUCUGCUGGAAAAUGGGAUGUUAUAUUCAUACAUAAGCAGACUGGGAAGAAGUUCAGAUCCAGAAAUGACAUCAGAGUAUUCAUGGAGAAUCAAGGGCAAUAUGAUUUUAAUCCUGAAAAUUUUGAUUUCUGCAUACAUCGUAGAAAACGAAAUCAUGCACAAAAUCGUUUGAAACAAGAAACUGCACCAGAAAAGAAGAUUAAAACUUUAUUGCCUAAAACGAAAACAUUGUCGACACCUGAGAAUACAUUGCCAGUGACAAAUAUCACUACAUCACCUAACAUUUCAACACCUGUCACACCUGCUACGGAUGGUGAGAUGAUUUAUUCCGUUUUCAUUGGACUUCGUGGUGGACUUCGUGUGGAAAUGGAGGACAGCGCCUAUAAAUGUCCCAAGGAAGGAUGCAAUAAAAACUUUCGAAAAGAAAAUUUGCUGCAAAUGCACAUCAAGCAUUAUCAUCCUGAAUAUUCCAAAUUUCUGGGCUCUACUCCAAAAGUUGAAGAUUUGGCUUAUGCAAGAACGAUUGGAGAAUCCAUAGAUGAUAUUAUUCCCAAGAAAUCGACGACAUUCUUAGACAAAAUAAACAAAUUUGUUAAGAAAAAAUCUGUCUCGGAAAAAUCAUCAACAUUGAACACUGUGUCACCAUUGUCUCCUUCAGUACCUGGCACAAUUAUGCCAGAAUUAGAAGAGGAAAUGGAUCAAAUGGACAAGUGCAAUGAUUUGCAGAAGGAAGAUAUGAAAAUUGAAACAAUGUCUUCAAUAUCUAAUCAUAGUAUGGAAAUAGAUGACGAUAUAGAGAAGAAAAGAGAACAUACUUGUGCAUUGUCUCCUGGUACAUUAUUUGACAUGAAAGUUAAAGAAGAAAAGGCACAAGGUGGAAUUAAAACAUUAUUACCUGUGAGGCCAUCCACAACAUCAGAGGUGCAAAAAAGUGAUAGAACAAAAUCUUUAGAUGAAAUGACGCACGUUGAACGUACGAAGAACCAAAAGAAGAGACAACUCUCCGAACACAAUGUAGAUGUACUGACUAAAGGAAAGAAACGACAUGGUACAUCGGAUCUUACUGACAGUUUUGGUGAUCUAGAUGACAGUGCUAUGGAUGCUGAAGGACCUGCUGCACUUAUGUACAGAUAUAGCCGUAGAAAAUCCGAUUCAAAGAGUGAUGAAAACAGUCAGAACAGUCAACUAAAUGAUUCUCGUAUUGAAAAAGGCGAUCCCUUAAAAGGGGAUAUAAUCAAAACAGAUAUUAAUAAUGAUACAGAAGAGAGCGAAGGUGUGAUGAUGAUGAUCAAUGGCGAAAUGAUAAAGGUGGAACAACUUCGAAGAGAAGAAAUAAUAAAUUGUACAUGUGGAUUUAUGGAAGAAGAUGGUCUAAUGAUACAGUGCGAUCUUUGUCUCUGCUGGCAACACGGUCACUGCAAUGCGAUUGAAAGGGAAAAGGAUGUUCCUGAAAAAUACAUAUGUUAUAUAUGUCAACAUCCGUAUCGGCAACGGCCAUCUAAGAAAUACUUUCACGAUCAGGAUUGGAUUAAGGAAGGAAAAUUGCCAAGUUUGCCUAAUCGAACUCGAAAUCAGAAUAUAAUCAAUCAGAGGACUGCAAUGUUGAAGCGUUCUUAUGACUUAGUUGCUGCACUUUUACAAAUACAACAACUUCUUCAUAGCUUGCGCGUAAAAAUUAAUGUGGCGCAAAAAAAAGAUCAUCCCAAAUUAUAUCUUUGGGCCAAGAAUUGGGAAAAAAUGGAAAUACCAAAAAUAGAUAUAGAACCAAUACCAGUAAUGGAAAUAGUGAAGGCAGGAUCAAGUUUUACCGAUGUGAGUUCGGAGAUUCCACGACGUGCUGAGACGAAAACGGAUGUUAAAUUAUCUAUAAAGGAUGAUCAAGAUGAAAAAUCAAUCGCUUCGGAUUCGGAAUUAAUGAAAAUUUUGGAAGAAGAUAGCACACAUUCUGAUGAAUCUCGAAUUAUCAAUAAAAGGGAAGGCUUCAUGAAUUCGAAAGAUAGUCACAUACUUUUGGAAGCAUUAACGAACUCGGAAGACAUAAAGGAAAGAAACAUCGCUAUGCCAGAUAUUAAAACGGAAAACACAGACGAUUUACUAGCUGAUAAAACUAUGAAUGAUAAUUCUGGGAGUCUUUCUCUCAACUCGGGGCCGCUUAUGGAUAACAUUCGACAAGAAUCGAGUAUAGUCGACGUUAAAAAUGAAGUCUCCGCUCUUCUGCAACCUUUUAUACCGGAGCCAGAAGCACCGAUUGAUCCAACCGAAUGCCGAAUGAGAUUGUUGGAGCAUAUAGAACAUUUUCAAUGCCAUCUUGAUUCGAGAUUAACAUCUAUAGAAACGCAAAUUUGUGCUCUAGAAGCAAUGGAUCCAGAUGAACUUGCAUUAGAUCCACACGUUCAGCCUCGUACUAAACAAACUGUACAGAUGCUCCUUCGUGACUUGAGCACAGUCCGGAAGCUGGCAGCAUUAUGUUGAAUACUACGUCAGAUCUUUAUAGAAACUUAUGAUACACACACACACACACACACACAUAUAUAUAUAUAUAUAUAUAUAUAUAUAUAAAAUAUGUAUAUGUAUGUAUGUAGAUAGAAAGAAUAGUCAAUAUCUAUAUAAGCAGUAUCUCAUAUAUUUAUGCUAUCAAAAAUUAAGGUAAUAAUUUGUUGCUAUUGUUAUAAAGUAAAAUUUAUCUUUUAAAUUUUAAGAUGAGGUAAGCUAAUUAACUUGCUGAAAGUAGUAAUUAGAAUUGUAAUAUAAUUAAAGUUGUUAUUGUUAUAUGAAAAGCAG